GGCGGCUGGGGGGGGUGGCGGGGGAGGAGGAGAGGCGCCAUGGCAUCGGGCGACACGCUCUACAUCGCCGCCGACGGCUCGGAGAUGCCGGCCGAGCUGGUGGAGCUGCACGAGAUCGAGGUGGAGUCCAUCCCGGUGGAGACGAUCGAGACGACGGUGGUGGGCGGCUGCGGCGAGGAGGAGGAUGAGGAGGACGAAGACGAGGAGGACGACGAGCCGCGGCACCUGCCGCACCACCACCAUCACCACCAGCCCAUGAUCGCGCUGCAGCCGCUGGACCCGGACGACCCCAGCCACCACCACCAGGAGGUGAUCCUGGUGCAGACCCGGGAGGAGGUGGUGGGCGGCGACGACUCGGACCUCCGGCCGGACGACGGCUACGAGGACCAGAUCCUCAUCCCGGUGCCGGCCCCGGCCGGGGAGGACGAGUACAUCGAGCAGACGCUGGUGACGGUGGCCGGGAAGAGCUCGGGCGGAGGCCGCGGGAAGAAGGGGGGCAGCGGCGGCAAGCGGAGCGGCAAGAAGAGCUACCUGAGCGGCGGCGGGGCCGAGCCCAGCGCCCGGAAAUGGGAGCAGAAGCAGGUGCAGAUCAAGACGCUGGAGGGCGAGUUCUCCGUCACCAUGUGGGCGUCAGAUGAUAAAAAAGAUAUUGACCAUGAAACGGUGGUGGAAGAGCAGAUCAUCGGUGAAAACUCUCCGCCGGACUACUCCGAGUACAUGACCGGAAAGAAACUUCCCCCUGGGGGUAUACCGGGCAUCGACCUGUCUGAUCCCAAGCAGCUGGCUGAGUUUGCAAGAAUGAAACCUAGAAAAAUCAAAGAAGACGACGCUCCGAGAACGAUUGCCUGCCCUCACAAGGGAUGUACCAAGAUGUUCAGGGAUAACUCUGCAAUGAGGAAACACUUACACACACACGGUCCACGGGUACACGUAUGUGCAGAAUGUGGAAAAGCCUUUGUUGAAAGCUCAAAACUUAAGAGACAUCAGCUAGUUCAUACUGGCGAGAAGCCAUUUCAGGGGAGUGAUACGCCAUAUCCAGAUGUUCACUGUUUUUAUUUGCUUAGGUCAUUGGAAGAAAUUUGGUGCCUCGGUUGUAGAAUGUAAUUUAUAGACCCUUCUGUUUUGAAUUGCUAGCCUCUGGGUCCAGCGUUGAUGGCCAAUAAAUUACCACGAAACAACGUGAGCCUACAUGACCUAUGGUAAUUGGCCUGGACAUGCAAGUAACCAUCCCCUACCCUUACAGCUCUCAACAGUGGGCUGAUGUGAUGAGUUCCCUCCUUUUGGAUUUGUGCUCAGAUACCUACAAUGUAGCCUUCUGUGAUAUCCCGGCUUUUAAAAUUCUAUCCUACAAUUGUGUUUUUAAGAAUCGAUAACUCUUAUCUAAAGCUGAUAUAAGUGUCUAAGUAUCCCGGCACUGCCUGCAUUUCACAAUAUAGUAACUGUCAAUGACGUACAUUUAUUACACAAACUUCUGUCUGUCCACUGUUCAAUAUGAUAGUAUGUGAGUGGCUGCAAAUGACGGCUGGUGGGGUUCUGUAUCCCAAUCUGGCAAAAGUUGUGUGUUUGUGACUUGUUUUAUUUUUGUUCAGGGGUGGGGAGUGUUAUUUGGGGGUUUUGUUUUUUUUUGUUUUUUUUUAACGUUCUGUUUUCUAGGGAGCAGCCGCAUGGAGAGAACUGCAUGAAGUUGUACCUCUUCUCUCCUCAAAUCUUACGUUUUACUGAAAACAUUUCUACGUUUUGGAGAGCGUUUUACCCAGCGUGCAACCAGCUGCCUGGGUACUUUGUGUUCUGCAAUGUUGGUCAUGAAAGUUUCCUACCUGUGUGACUCGGACGCCAGGCAUACUUUUUUGUAUUUUAAUACUGUAAAUACAUUUAUUUCCCAAAAUAA